AGGCUACCUUCCCUUAGAACGCUUCGCUGUUGCCGCCGCGUUCGGAGAAGAGAACCUUGAGCUCCGCAACGUUCUAUAAUAUACUUAAAGGAGCAGCGGCGUCUGGCUAGCGCAAUCUUUUUUAUAUAUAUAUAUUAACACCAGAAGUGCGGGCGAGGCACUAAGAAGCAAAAUGAGGGAAAUCGUACACAUUCAAGCUGGGCAAUGUGGUAACCAGAUCGGAGCAAAGUUCUGGGAAGUGAUCAGUGAUGAACAUGGAAUCGACCCAACUGGAACCUACCAUGGUGACAGUGAUCUACAACUGGAUCGCAUCAGUGUUUACUACAAUGAGGCCACUGGUGGCAAAUAUGUCCCUCGUGCCAUCUUGGUUGAUUUAGAGCCAGGAACUAUGGACUCUGUGCGUUCUGGACCUUUUGGACAAAUAUUUCGACCAGAUAACUUUGUUUUUGGCCAGAGUGGAGCUGGUAACAACUGGGCCAAAGGUCAUUACACAGAAGGAGCCGAGCUGGUGGAUUCAGUCCUAGAUGUUGUGAGGAAGGAAGCCGAGAGUUGUGACUGCCUGCAAGGAUUCCAGCUGACCCACUCUCUAGGGGGUGGAACCGGUUCUGGAAUGGGCACCUUACUGAUCAGCAAGAUCCGUGAAGAGUACCCUGACCGUAUCAUGAAUACCUUCAGCGUGGUGCCCUCUCCCAAGGUCUCAGAUACCGUGGUGGAGCCUUACAAUGCUACCCUCUCCGUCCACCAGCUGGUGGAGAACACAGAUGAGACCUACUGCAUCGACAACGAAGCCCUCUACGACAUCUGUUUCCGCACCCUCAAGCUGACCACUCCAACCUACGGGGAUCUUAACCACCUGGUCUCUGCCACCAUGAGUGGUGUCACGACCUGUCUCCGCUUUCCCGGACAGCUGAACGCCGAUCUCCGCAAGCUUGCUGUAAACAUGGUUCCGUUCCCUCGGCUCCACUUUUUCAUGCCUGGCUUCGCUCCCUUGACCAGCCGUGGCAGCCAACAAUACCGGGCUCUAACAGUCCCCGAGUUAACACAGCAAGUUUUCGAUGCCAAGAACAUGAUGGCAGCCUGCGAUCCCCGCCAUGGACGCUACCUCACGGUGGCCGCCGUCUUCCGAGGCCGUAUGUCCAUGAAGGAGGUGGACGAGCAGAUGCUGAACGUGCAGAACAAGAAUAGCAGCUACUUCGUUGAAUGGAUCCCCAACAACGUCAAGACAGCCGUGUGUGACAUCCCUCCCCGUGGCUUGAAAAUGGCGGUCACCUUCAUCGGCAACAGCACGGCCAUCCAGGAGCUCUUCAAGCGCAUCUCCGAGCAGUUCACAGCCAUGUUCCGCCGUAAAGCUUUCCUGCACUGGUACACAGGCGAGGGCAUGGACGAGAUGGAGUUCACGGAAGCGGAGAGCAACAUGAAUGACCUCGUCUCUGAAUAUCAACAAUACCAGGAUGCCACGGCUGAGGAAGAGGAGGAUUUUGGAGAAGAGGCGGAGGAAGAAGCUUGAGGUUAAAACCUCAUGCCCUUUCGACUCCUGUUCAAUAAGUCCUCACAAAAUAAAAAUUUUAAAAAAAUUGCAUCUCCACCCUCUGUUUCCUUCUCCUUCUUCUCAAAACCUAACCUGUCAGCUCUCUUUUCUCAGACUUUUCUUACAGGGCAGCCUCUAAUGAUGGUUUAAAGUUGGCUUGGCUUUUAUGUGUAGUACAUUUUUUCUUUUUUAAGUUGUGGCAGGUACCCAGUAAAAUCAGGUCAGGGGAGGCUGUGUGACACACUGGGAAAAGAUAUGCAGUUCCUUCCUUGCCUAUAAUUCUUACUGUAUUUAUUAUUCCCCAACCUUCAAUAUCUCUUAUUGCCAACUUAAGUGAAACUGCAGCUUCAAGGGGUCUCCAGCUAUGACAAGGAAGUAAGGCAGUUUGGAGCAGACUUAUUUUUAGGGGGAAACCCAAUACCUUUAAAAUGGAACCACUUCCUUGUUCUGCCAAAUGCUCCUUUUCAUCUUCCUGGCUUUGCCUUAAAGGCAUUCGUCCUUUUGAUAUCUGUAACGGAAAAAGCCUGGCCUGGCCUGGCCUGGGUUGGAUUUGGCUCUUUUUUUCUUUCAUCAGUGUUCAUAUCCCAUCUGUCCACCCCACUCGGCUUAUUCCACUCGGGGUUGACAUGUUUCAAAUCCCUUGACUAAAUCUAAGGAUGUUUAUCACAGCUUCGUGUCUUGCCAAAACCUAAAACAAAAAACCAGCCCAGCCUCAAAGUACUAUUUUGCUCCCUAAAGUGGGCAUUCGUUCAGACUUUAGCUUUAAUCUUAACUCCCAAUCUUAAUUGAAUUAUUAAUUGAACAUUGCUAACCUCUCUUCUUUUGAUUACAAUUCCACCCACGUUCCAAAGAAGUGUCCCAUUUGUAAAUUGUCCUAAAUAACAUUUGAGACUUGUCUUAGCAAUGAAGGCAGAAAAGCUAAAGGCCUUUCUAAGGGACGGUGUCGGUUUUGGACCAUAAAGGUACAUGCAUGUUUUAAGAAUGAAUUUUCACAUAGGAGGGCAUAAGAUGCACUAAAAAGGAAGCUCGCUUCCACCUCAUUCAAAUUAGGUGCUUGAUUGCUGCUCAAAGAAGCAAUUCUAUUAAAUCUGAAGGAGGGAAGGUGCCAUGUUAAGUUCUAAUGAUUUAAAUUUGUUUUAGGGAGAGCUGUAGAGAUAGAUGUGUUGAGGGGUACGUCUGCUCCAAAAGAAAUAUGAAGGAAGUUCAAAUGUUCCAGGAUGUGCAAAGGGGCAAUGCAUGAUGGGAUGGAUCUUUUUACCCAUUCAAAUAUUUGCUUCAGGUUUACUUAAUAAUACAUGACUUGCCAUCUUGUUGCAAAUGUAGUAUGUAAGUGGUAGCAAGCAUCAAAUAUAGGGAGGCCAUUUAGUUAGUGUGGCUAAGUGGAAGAGCAUAAAGCACAUUUGCUCUUUGCCUCCAAAUACUAGAUGGAGUAUUUUUGGCUAGAUGGGUCACCCCUAGAAAGAUUGCCUUAUAUCAGUAUUUCUCAACUCAGCAACCUCCAAGAUGCGUGGACUCUGUCCUGCUUUUCUCUUGCUUGUUGAUCCAACUUUUUUCUCACUUGUUCCACUCCUUUGCCUUCUUUGCUUUUUCUUCUAAAAAAAAUCCCUGUUCAUAUUUGAAAAGUCCUGUGAACAAAUAAAAGUUUUUGUUAAAAAUG